AAACCGCCUCGGUCUAAAGACCAGAUCUCAGAGUGUUUAGACCGUCACAGAGUUCAGACCAGCAGAGUUCCCAUCAGAGAUCUCAUCAGAUCAUCAUGAAGUCCUUCACCGUCUUUCUGGCUCUGGUUCCGGUUCUGUCGCUGCUUUGGGUCCGUGUCUCUGCUGGUCCUGGCUGCGGACCGUGUGACCCGGAUCAGUGCGCUUCUCUCCCGGCGGAGGGCUGCCCCGCCGGGUCUCUGUUGGACUCGUGCGGCUGUUGCACGGUGUGCGCCGCCGCGGAGGGGGAGCUGUGCGGGGGCCGCCGCGCGGCAGCGCGCCGCUGCGGGUCCGGACUGGAGUGCGUCAAAAGCGACGCGGACAAGAAGAACAAGCUGGGACUGUGCGUCUGUAAGAGCGACUAUGACGUCUGCGGUACCGACGGAGUGACGUACAAGAGCGGCUGCGCACUGAAGAGAGCCAGCCUUACAGCCCAGAGUCAGGGCAAAGAACCCAUCAACGUCCAGAACAAGGGCCGCUGCGCCACAGCUCCGGUCAUCGUCACUCCACCAGGUGAGGUCUACAAUGUGAGCGGCUCUCAGGUGUACCUGAGCUGUGAGGCGGUGGGCGUUCCCACACCUGUCCUCACCUGGAAGAGGGUCCUCAGUGGGAAGAGGAGGAUGGAGCUUCUUCCUGGAGACAGAGACAACCUGGCCAUUCAGACCAGAGGAGGACCAGAGAAACAUGAAGUGACCGGCUGGGUGCUGAUCUCUCCUCUGACCAAAGAAGAAGAAGGAUCAUAUGAGUGUCACGCCACCAACUCUAAAGGCGAAGCUUCAGCUGUCGGCACCAUUCACCUGGUCGAGUCCAUCGAUGACAUCGUCAAGAAAGUGGCGAAGGAAGACGAACUGUGAUCAGCUGAUCAGAGAAGACGGUCGUUAGGAAACAGCUGAAGAUGAUUUUUUUAACUUUUUCUUUUCAUGUAGUCCUGAAUAUAAAAACACUUUUAGAUUGAAUUUAUUGACAUUUAUUCUAAAUGUAGUUGUUUCAGGGUUUAGUUUCGGUUACAAAGCAAAUGUUUUAGAUAAUUAAGAUUAAUUUUCUCUUUACUUUAUGGAUUAUAAACUGUAGUUAAAACUUUUCUUAUUUUAACAUGUUAUAUUUUUUAUCAUUUGUCUUUUUUCCUCUAAGCAGCAGAUGCAGUGAAAUCAAUCAGGCUUUUAUUUUGGAAAGAUUUAACCAUAGCAACAGUACUUUCACAUUAAGAGUUCAGUUAAAGAACACAAUGUUCAUUCUUUCACCAUUAAUUAAUUGUUUAUUAUUUGUUAUUCGUAAUAAAAAUCUGUAGAUUUGUUCUCAGAUCAGUUUAUUAAACUUUAAUAUUUAACAUAUUUUCUCUUUCUGUUUCUGGAAACUGAAAUAAGUUGUUCUGUUUUCCUCUGAAUAAAACAUCUUUUCUUUGAGAA